UUAACUAUUUUAGUGUAGUUAUAAUGCUUCAAUAUAAGAGGAAGAGAACUGGAACAUCUUCAUCCAAUCCAAAUGCUAAAGAAAAUGCUGAGAGCUUAACUGCUGCUAGAAAAAGAGGUACCACAACACUUCAAAGUAUCGGUGGACAACCAUCUGGAGAAGAAAAAAGUGAUGAAAAAAAUAGUAAGAAUAACAGUGACCUAUCAGGUGAAGAAAAAAGUGAUGAAAAUAGCAACGAAAGUGCAGAAAAGAAGAUAGAAACUCAUUGGCUAAAGAUGGCGUCCAAAAAAAGUGUGUUCAAUUCAUAUCCAUGGGGUCGAGUUAGCUUUGAUCUUACCAUUAGCUAUUUUUUGAAAGAGCUAUAUUCAACCAAAUCUCAGUAUAAUCUUCAUGGAUGUUCGUGGGCGUUCGCCGCUUGGGCGUUUGAAGCUAUUCCGGCACUUCAACGAUUGGCCAAGGAUUCUUCACCUGAAAAAUCAAUUCCAAGAAUGAUUAAAUGGAUGGCUGGAACACCUGCUUACAAGACAAAUAUUGAUCCUAUUUAUCAGACAAAAUAA